AUGACUUUACUUAAGCUUGUGCCUGCAUCACUCAGGUCUAAUCUGUUAAGGCAAAACUGUUUGAGACUGAUCUCUAGCCGAUGCCCAGUAGAAUUUAGCAACGGCUCGACUCCAUGCCUCUAUAGAAAGUCAUCUUUUCUUUUAAGAGAAAUUGGUCAGCUUCGACCUAUUUCAACAUCUAACAGGAGGGCAAAUAUCAAAAAUGAAGAAAUUAAACUUACCGAGCGAGACUGUGAUGAGGUAGAUGUAUGCAUUGUUGGGGGAGGCCCAGCAGGCUUAAGCGCCGCAAUCAGAUUGAAGCAGUUAGCGAAUGAAGCUGGUAAUGAAGAUUUUCGGAUAAUUCUGUUGGAAAAAGCAGGAGAAAUUGGAGACCACAUAUUAUCAGGAGCGGUGAUUGAGCCUUCAGCCAUCAACGAGCUUAUUCCGGACUGGUUAUCAGACACAAAUGAAUACAAAUUCACAGGAUGUACACCUGUGACAGGUGAUAAAAUGCGAUUUCUUACCAAGUCCAGCUCUUUUCCAAUACCUGCACCACCUCAAAUGGAUAAUCAUGGAAAUUACAUUGUUAGUCUAAAUCAAUUUACCAAAUGGCUAGGGGAACGGGCUGAGCAACUCGGGGUAGAGGUUUUCCCCGGGUUCUCUGCUUCAGAAGUACUGUACAAAUCAGAUGGUUCGGUAAAAGGUGUUGCUACCAAUGAUUUUGGGAUCUCCAAGGACGGUGCUACAAAAUCAAACUUUGAAAGGGGCAUGGAAUUUCACGCUAGGACUACCUUAUUUGCAGAAGGCUGUCAUGGAAGUCUGAGCAAACAGGUUAUCAAAAAGUAUAACUUGCGGAGUGAGAGUCAGCCACAGACCUACGGCUUAGGUAUAAAAGAGGUAUGGGAAAUCCUUCCUCAAAAUUUCAAAAAAGGCCAAGUCUUUCAUACCAUGGGCUAUCCUCUUCCAACCGACACAUAUGGAGGCGGCUGGAUGUAUCAUUUUGGACAAAAUAUGGUAAGUAUUGGGCUAGUUGUAGGGCUAGACUAUCCUAAUCCAUGGCUAUCGCCUUACAAUGAAUUCCAAAAGAUGAAGCUUCACCCUCUUUACAAACAAUUUCUCGAGGGUGGUACCUGCAUUUCCUACGGUGCCCGGGCACUUAAUGAAGGUGGCUUUCAAUCUAUUCCUAAGCUGAUAUUUCCUGGUGGUGCUCUCAUCGGUGAUUCUGCCGGAUUUUUGAACGUUCCGAAAAUAAAAGGCACUCACACGUCGAUGAAAUCUGGGAUUCUUGCCGCAGAAGCAACAUGGAAGGCGCUGUCUGAAUCAGUUACGGGAGCCUCCCUUCUUUUUGGUUAUGAAAAGUCCGUGAGAGAGUCUAGCAUCUGGAAGGAAUUAAAAGAGGUGCGCAAUAUGCGUCCCUCUUUUCAUACCCCACUAAAUAUUUUUGGGGGAAUCAUUUAUUCCGGUCUGGAGGCUUUUAUUUUGAAAGGAAGAGUCCCAUGGACUCUCAGUCAUAGACGAACUGAUGCCUCGGCGACUAAGAGUGCUAAUGAAUGCACCAAAAUUGAAUAUGAGAAGCCAGAUGGGAAGAUAAGUUUUGAUAUAUUAACAAGUGUUAGUCGAACCGGAACCAACCAUGAGGAGGACCAACCAGUUCACUUACAAGUCAAGAACUGGGAAGAACAUACAAAAAAUACUUGGCCAAAGUACAAAGGAAUAGAAACUCGUUUUUGUCCUGCAGGCGUAUAUGAGUAUGUUGAAGAUAAAACAACAACCAUCGGAAUGAGGUUCCAAAUUAAUUCUCAGAACUGCAUUCAUUGUAAGACUUGUGAUAUAAAGGCACCAGAGCAAGAUAUUAACUGGCAAACACCUCAGGGCGGGGAAGGGCCAAAAUAUUUUAUGACUUAA